GGCCCGCACCGAUCCCCCGGGAGGGAGACAUCGCAGCCGGGGAAGCCUUACCUACCCACCACUCACGGCCCGGCGACGGCCCCCGGAGACGCCAUGGCCCAAGAGACGCGCAGCCAGCAGGGCCACGGCGGCGAGCCCGCGCCGGGCAGCGCUAGCCGCGCGCCGUCAGACGCGCGGAGCACUGAAGACGUAUCGCCUCGGCCGCGGGCGCCGUCGAGCGCGCGGCUCUCGGACAGCGACGCGGCGCCGGCCUUGCGCCCCAAGCACAGCCGCAAGGAGUGGCUUUGGCGCGCGCGCGCCGUCGUGUUCGCAGACCCGGUCUGGGCGGGCCAGGCCGCGGACCUCGCACCACCACCACCACCCUUUCGUGCGCGGCUCCGCAGCGCUGCCCGCGACGCCCUCGCCGCCCUGCGCCCGCGCAAGUCCGGCAAGUCCGCGCGCCCCGGCCGCGGGGCCGGCAUAGCCGCCGCGCCGCCGCCGACCCGGCAACGUCCCGUAGCCUACGCGCCGCGGCUGCGCUCGAUCGGUGCGGGGGCCGAGGAGGCCGGUGGGCGGGCCGCGGGCAGUGGCCGUGCGACGGCGCGGAGAAGCGGCAGGAGCGGAAAGACGACUUGUGCCGCCGGUGAAGGAGCCAGUUGGGUGGGCUGCCGGCGAGGCUGGUAG